CCCCGGCCCUCGUCACCCCCCAGAGUUCAAUUCAAGUUCUGUACUUGAAGUUGUAGAAUCUAGUAAUAGAUCUUUGUUGUUUUUCCACUGCUGUCUUCCGCUUCUGUUCUCUACUUGUUUCUUCUGGGCUGAGUGCUGGGUGGCGCGGAGAUCUGGUCGUGGUCCAUUUUUGCGCAAGCUAGAUUACCUGCCACCAGCAGUGCCAUAUUGCAGCCAUGUCGAAACUGAUAGAUUAUGCCGAAGUGCAGAAACAUACGACGCGAGACUCGUGCUGGGUCAUCCUCUACGGCUAUGUCUGGGACGUGACGGAUUUCCUGCCCGAACACCCUGGCGGCGCCAACAUCAUCCUCAAGCUCGCCGGCAAAGAUGCCACCGAAGAAUACGAUCCCAUCCACCCUCCGGGGACGCUCGAGGAGAAUCUGCCCGAAUCCGCGCGCAUCGGACCCAUCGACCCCAAGACGCUGCCGCAGCCCGUCCAGGCGGCCAAGGAUGUCGGCCCAGAACCAAGUCCCGAGGUGGAAGUGCCGCUGGCGGCUCUGUUGAACAUGGACGACAUCGAGGCCGCGGCCACCAAGAAAAUAUCCAAAAAGGGCUGGGCCUACUACUACUCGGCCGCCGACGACCUGGUCAGCAAACACCUGAACAACACCGUCUACCGCCAGAUCCUGUUGCGGCCGCGCGUCUUCAUCAACUGCCGCGACUGCGACCUCAGCACGAGCUUUCUCGGCCAUAAGCUCGACAUCCCCAUCUUUGUCGCCCCGGCAGCCAUGGCCCGACUCGCCCAUCCCGACGGCGAAUGGGGCAUUGCUCAAGCAUGCAAAAAGUUUGGCACCAUGCAGAUCAUCUCCAACAACGCCAGUAUGACGCCCGAGCAGAUCGUCAAAGACGCAGACCCGUCCCAGGUUUUCGGAUGGCAGCUGUAUGUGCAGACGGAGCGUAAAAAGUCGGAGGAUAUGUUGGCACGCAUCAACAAGCUUGACGCCAUCAAGUUUAUCUGUCUUACCCUCGACGCACCGGUUCCGGGCAAACGAGAGCAUGACGAACGAGGAAAGUUCGUCGCUGAGGACACAAGCCAAGCCAUCAAAGAUGCCGGUGGCCAGGAGCUGAAAGGAGGUGGUGGUAUCGGGCAAUCCUUAUUCUUUGGCACCGAUCCUACUUUGACCUGGACGGAAACCUUGCCUUGGUUGAAGAAACACACGAACAAACCCAUCAUCCUAAAAGGUCUGCAAUGUCAUGAAGACGCAUACAUUGCCAGCCAGCACACGCCCCAGGUGAAGGGUAUUAUACUUUCAAAUCAUGGUGGCAGAGCAGCAGACACGGCGCCGCCGGCCGUCCACACCCUGUUGGAAAUCAGGAAAUACUGCCCCGAGGUGUUCAGCAAGCUGGACGUGGUUGUCGAUGGCGGCAUCAAGAGAGGUACUGACGUGGUCAAGGCCCUGGCGCUAGGUGCAAAAGCCGUUGGCAUCGGCCGCGCCGCAUUGUUUGGUCUCGGAGCGGGUGGAAUUCAAGGCGUUGAGAGAGUACCGGAGAUCCUGAGGGAUGAGACUGCUACAGCAACUCGGUUGCUGGGUGCGGCAAAGGUGACCGAUCUUGGUCCGUUGCACAUCAACACCAGAGCAGUGGAGAGGGACAUUUAUGAUGGUCCCGCGAAUCUCCCUGGCAUUGAGGGAGCGAUGAAGGGGCUGUGGACAAAAGCAAAGCUUUAAUAGAUGAGCAGAACUGUGUCCCUGGCAUGGAAUGGCGUAACUUUCGUUUGGAUGUGUUUAGUGCGGAGCUGGUGGUGUAUAUAAGUCCCUCCACAUUUCGGCCUCAAAAUGCUUCUUGCCCAACCCCAGUGCCAAACCAGGUCCGUAGUUGAUCAGCUUCAGAUUUUGGUCCAGUGGCCCCAUCCGAGCUGAAAUAAUGGGACAGUCUCAUGUUCUCGUCAGCAGUGUCGUCUGGCCAGUCUGUUCUCGUUGCCGGCCCGCCUUUCUGCUCCAGCAUGUCCUUGACAGUGCCCCAG